GACUUUGAGUAGCGAUGAGAAGUUUUGUUGCACAGAAGAGAAAACUGUCGGCCGUCUGUUCGUAUUUCUCACCGUCGCUCGGAGUUUUAUCACGUUAUUGAUCCAUUUACGUUCGUCUCGACGGUUAUACUAGUGAUUUAAUAACUGGAUAACCUUGGUGAUAGAUAUGAGCUUUCUAUUCGGUAGUCGCUCAUCGAAGACGUUCAAGCCGAAGAAGAACAUUCCGGAGGGCUCACACCAGUAUGAGUUGCUGAAGCAUGCCGAGGCGACUCUGGGCAGCGGCAACCUGCGCAUGGCUGUCAUGCUUCCAGAUGGAGAAGACCUCAACGAAUGGGUGGCAGUAAACACUGUGGACUUCUUUAAUCAGAUCAACAUGCUGUAUGGGACCAUCACUGAUUUCUGCACCGAAGAAAACUGCCCUCUAAUGUCUGCUGGGCCAAAGUACGAAUACCAUUGGGCAGACGGGACCAACAUUAAAAAGCCAAUCAAAUGCUCUGCUCCAAAGUACAUUGAUUACCUGAUGACCUGGGUUCAGGAUCAGCUUGACGAUGAAACCCUAUUCCCUUCAAAAAUUGGCGUGCCGUUCCCUAAGAACUUCAUGUCUGUGGCGAAGACGAUCCUGAAGCGGCUGUUCCGCGUCUACGCUCACAUUUACCACCAGCACUUUGACUCUGUCAUUCAACUGCAGGAGGAGGCUCAUCUCAACACCUCAUUCAAACACUUCAUCUUCUUCGUUCAGGAGUUUAACCUGAUUGACAGGAAAGAGCUGGCCCCUCUUCAGGAACUGAUCGAGAAGCUUACCUCUAAAGACAGAUAGGUUAAAUGGAUCAUUAUUUUUCCCCGUUUCCCCUAAUUACUGUGCACAGCAGUCUGGUUUUGUUUUCUCUGUCGUUUUACAGGUAUGUGGGACUGGCUCCUGGAUUAGUCUUUUAUUGUGUACUGUUUUAAAUUAGGCGGCGAAUGCUCCUCGUGUUUCUAAUGUCUGUGUGACCUUUUGUCUAAAAAAGUCGACCGUAUCUACGUAAGUGCCUGGCGUACGUCCACCUGCAAAUAGUAACCGUUCUGUGAAAAAGCACCACUCGUCUCCAUAGUGCAAACUUUCCUCAAAAUACGGUUUUGGGGUUUUCUUUGUUAUUUACUGAAUAAAGCAUGUAGACACUUUGGUAAGAGAUAAAGCCAGUAAAAUGCACCUCAUUUCUGCUGAUGUUAUCAUAGCUGGAGUUUUUUUUUCUUUUUUCUUUUUUUUUUUUGUGUUCCUCCUCUCAUUUCCUAAGUAUCAUAUUUUAUUUCUCCUGGUCACAAAAUAGUUCUCUUUUUUUUUUUUUUUUUUGCACUGAGUCCUCUGUCACCCGACAUGACCUUUUUACUGAUAGAGUAAUUCAAUAGUAAUGAAUCGUAACAUAGAUAGCUUUAAUUCGAUUUUAUCUAUAGGCUCUUAUAAAAGUGGGGCGUUUAGUUUAUAACAGGAAGGGAAUAGGGUAAUGAUUACUAUGCAAUGUCCAUCUUUUCUUUCUUUUUUUUUUUCAUUCUUUCUUUCUUUCAAAUGUUGUCCUUUCCAUAGGCGAGGCUUGUAAACCCCAGAGCUAGUGCCAAUAUUUAACCCACUACAGUCUCCUCGUGUAAGUAAACUGAAGCAGCAGAAAACCUGAGAAAAUUCCGUCAUCUAUUUUAUUUGUGUUCAUUUUCCUCGACUUUGUUCCUGCACAUCGGUCAGGUUCUCUGUCUGUUUAGCUACACAAAUGUUAAACAGAGCAAAACAUGGAUUAAACUUAUAAAUGGAGUAUACAAGUGUAAUAACUUUACACAUAAAUGACAGGGUUGUGGUAUCUAAUGUGUGAUCCUAGCCAUGCAUCUGAUGUAAUAUCAGUUGCUGUUUUGUUGCGUGCACUUUGAAUUAUCUGCAUAACGAGAGGUUUUUUUAUACAGCUGACUUAUUAUUGAGACACACGGCAAACAUGUUGCAAAAUGGUUAAAUAUCAUGUCGAAACUGCUCGAUGAUGAAACGUUAUUUGAGUUUAAAUCGUAUUCACCUCAUGGAUGUUAACAGGAUGUUGUAAUAGAUAUAAUUGCUAGGCCUUUUCUCAAGCCCUUAUUUCUAAAUAACAUUAGCAUUUCCUUUCAGCCGUUAUUGAAUACACUGUAUUGUUUUUGCUGAGAAACUUGUAAAUAAUGUACACACAUAGUAUGCAGUGGAAAUGAGAUCAAAAUGUUUAACGCGCAAAACUUUUGUGGUACAAUAUUGAAUGCUGUUUAUAGUGUAAUAAAAAUGUUUGACCAAGA